AUGAUUGAAGGUUCUGGAUUUUCAAUCAUCAUCUUCUUUGAACACUAUGCUAGUUCCAGAAGCAACGAGAGUGAAGACGUCAACAAGAUUGUUAAGAAUGUUUGUGAGAUAUUAGACAAGAAAGACCCGUUUGUGGUAGACCACCCAGUAGGAGUGGAUGAUAAAGUGCAAGAAGUAAUCACAAUGCUUCAAAACCAUCAAUCUGAAGAAGUUAUCGUGGUAGGGAUAUGGGGAAUGGGGGGCAUAGGCAAAUUAACUAUUACCAAAGCCAUUUAUAAUGAAAUUGGUCGUUUGAGAGUAGAAGUUACCUUUGAAAGAUCAGAAAAGGUGGACAGAAGUGAUGUCACACGGAUAUUAAAUGGCUGUGGGUUUUUGGCCAACCUUGGAAUCAAAACCCUUGUGGAGCGAAGCCUUGUGACCAUUGAUAACAAGAAUAAGCUUGUCUUCUUUGAAGUUUUGUCACAAACUAAAAAUUGCAUUUUCAGACAGAAGCAUUUAAGAAGACGAAGAGACUCCGAUUACUUUGUCUUGACAAUGUACAGGAAUGCUGGAAUUUUCGUUGUCGAAGACGAUACUGAUGAGCUUAACAGUGAAAAUGAAAUCUCAAUUGAACCGCUGCAAAAUAUGAUUGAAGGAUCUGCAUUUUCAAUCAUCAUCUUCUCCGAACACUACGCUAGUUCCAUAAGGUGCCUCGAGGAACUCGUAAAAAUCAUGUACUUUCACAAAGUAGGGUACAAUCAAGUUGAUAUGACCAAAUUCUAUGGUGUGGAUCCAUUAGAUGUUCGUGAUCAAAAAUCGAAUUUUGGAAAAGCGUUUCGAAGUCUCGUACAAAGAAUUUCACCCACUAAAGAUCAAGUGUUGAGAUCCAGGACGGCUCUCAUUGAAGCUGAACACGUGGCAAAAUUUGUUGUGCCUGAUUCCAAGUCCAAGUAA